AUGUUCUCGAACAUCCCUCCCAGACAGCGCCAUAUCAUGGCGAACUCCAUGCCGUUUAAGUGCUGCCAGCCUCAGUGCGCUUAUAGAUUCACGCGCAAAGACGACUGCAUAUCCCAUGAGCAAGUAUUGGCCUUAGUGGUGCUAAUAAUCAUCUUCAUGAUUAUACCGUUAUUGUACCGCUUGAGCUGCACCGCGCUUCUCGAGGCCAGCCUGUUCGUAGUUCCCGAACUCCUCGGUAAUAUCAUCUUCAGCCUUACAGAUUCCGGGAAAUCCUGCCUACCACAUGUUGCCGUGGUCUGCAAAGCCUUUCGGGAGCCGGCUUUAGAUGCGAUCUACUGGUCUGUCGGUUUCAACGAGUUUUUCUUGUGUUUAGGUCCAGAUGUGGUUGCAUACGAGAGUAUGGGGGAAGUCGAUACGCUUGAGCUUAAACGAGCGUUAGAACACCGUGAUUGGACAGCCCUACUCUCAUACGGCAGACGGGUCCGGAAUAUAUCAUACCCGUGCAAAGAAGGCGUUCUACGGUGCCAAAUCCAGGACAAUAUCUAUGAAGCGCUCGCUCGGUCUCCGGUCAUCCAUAUCUUCCCCCGACUACUAAGUUUACUGCUCAAAGGGACCCCUCCCAUUGUCAACGUCCACACUUUUCUCUGCUCACCUUGCCUUCAAUCAGUAACCCUUGACACGAGUGACAUUCCCGGUGGUGCCGUUCCCGUACUCCAGGAGAUUGCUUCAUCCUGUCCAAAUGUACUGCAUUUUUGCUGUAUUGGCGGACAACGGUUGACUGAAGGCGCACUCUGCAAUAUCAUAUGUCAAUGGCAAAGGCUCGAGGAACUCAUCUUCCCCCCACUAUACCGCAGGUCAAUCAUUCAUCUGGGUGGUCUACUCUCCCUGCGCAGACUAUUUUUGUACCUUACACCUGGCGAAAAAUGGGUUCAAGACAAUCUCCAUUGGGAGUUGAAGACGCUCAGCGAGUUACGGAUCUAUGCGGUCCCGGGUCCAAGCAUCUGCGUCGCCGCGUUACCCUUGAUAUUCCAUAACGUGGAGUCAACCUCUCCCAUGAUGUCUUUAGACCACUUGGAAAUUCAAACAUUGGGCAGAGAAGGACGAUGGACGGCGUCGGAUGCUAUUUCUGCUAUCGUUCGAUCCCCAUCUCGAUCCGUAUCUGCUAAAUCACUCAAAAGCCUUGUAAUGUUCGUCGGCUCUGAUUUUGCCUCUCCUCAACCGUCAGACUGGGACGAAGCAACAAAUCUGCUAACAGCUUUCACAAAUCUCAGGACGUUCCAAGUGCCGCUUUGUUCAAGCAUAAAAUUAGGGUUAUCCAGGUCUCAGCUUUUCCGCCUUCUGCAAAGUUGGCCGUUGGUCGAAGACAUCCAUAUCCGAUUGGAUACGCCCCUAACCAUUUACGACCUCCUGGAUAUCGUCUCUCUUUAUCCAUGUCUCAAGCGCUUCAACGUGAACGUCUCGUUCACCAUGAAGAAUGUUACGUCUCUCAGCGAAGACCAGGACAUUUUGUUCCCCAAUAACGCAGUCACCUUCCUUUGUCUCCUCUGGGAAGGAUCGACCGAUCAGCAAGAGUUGGUGAUGUCGCAUGAUGCUCAUGCAGUUGCGACACUUCUUCUUAGCAUGUUCCCUUGUCUGCAGUUCAUUGGCUACGCCGAUUACAUCGACAAGGGUAAUAGGGAAGUGCUGCGGCAGAUUACGCACCCAUCCUGGGUAGACGUAAUGUCGGCGGUACAUAGAAUGCACUCGGAGUCCAAGCGUAUCUUUGGCGUGCACCGGGGGCCCGGUACUACCGGGGAUGACGAAGCUUUUCUGCCGCGUAUUGCAGCGGUAUGCAAAACCUUUCGGGACCCAGCGUUGGAUGCACUCUAUUGGACAGUCGGUUUCAACAAGUUCUUCUUAUGCUUAGGAAGAGAUGUGAUGACAUACGAAGCAUCCGGGCAAGCUGAUGUGCUUAGGAUGAGGCGUGCGCUGGAAACGGAUGAUUGGAGAAUCCUAAUGUCGUAUGGGCAAAGGGUUCGGAAUCUCUCAUAUCCGUGCAAAGAAGACCCCUCGCAGUGCCAAAUCCAGCACGAUAUCUAUGAGGCACUCGCCCAGUCCCCCGCCCUGCAUGUCUUCCCGCGACUACUAAGCUUGACUUUAAAAGACAUCCCUCCCGUUAUCGAAGUCCAGUCUUUUCUUUGUGCACCUUCGCUUCAGACCAUAACCAUGCAUGUGGGAGACGUGCCCGGGGAUGUCGUUCCAGUACUCGAUAAUAUUGCUUCGUCAUGCCCCAAUGUUCUCUACUUCCGCUGUAUUGGAGGGGAGAAGUUACCGGAGGAUGCACUCUAUAGUGCCUUGUGCCGUUGGCUAAGGCUCAGGGAACUACUCAUGCCUUCACUCUACCGAAAGUCGAUUACUAUCCUAGGCGACUUACCUUGCCUACGCAGGAUUUGGUUAUGUGUUUCCCACAACGAGAGAUGGAUCCAAGCCAGAAUUCCUUGGAGUUUGAAGACACUAGAUGAAUUACGGAUCUACGCGUUUGGUGAUCCCGGAGUCUGUGAUGUCGCUCUGCCAUUGAUUUUCCAGACUACGAAGCCGACCCCGUCUAUGACAUCUUUGCGCCAUUUGCAAGUCCACAUUCUAGGCAUAACCGACCGGUGGACGAUGCACGACGCAAUAACCGUAAUCGUUAGAGCUCCUUCUGAAUCUGCGUCGGCAAAGUCACUUGAAAGCCUCGAGAUCUUCCUUGAAACUGGUAUUGCAUCGACUGAAGCAUCAAACUGGGAAGACGCUAUAGAGCUCUUAGCGGCUUUUCAGAACCUCAAGACGUUCAAAAUCCUGCCUGGAUCGUCCCGCUCCAUGCUGGGAAUAUCCAAGAAUCAACUCAUCCGUCUUCUUCGAAGCUGGCCGUUGAUUGAAGACAUAGACUUUCGAUUAGAUAUCCCUCUGAACAUUCACGAUCUCGUCUAUAUCAUUGCUUUGUCCCAGCAACUUCAACGGUUCAAAGUAAACGUCUCGAUCGCUAUGGAAGAUGUGACUUCGCUCGAUCAAGAUCAAGAUUCUGCAUUUCCUCAAAACACCGUCACCUCGCUUUGCCUCCUCUGGGAGGGCUGUGAGGACCAGCACUCCGUGACACGCAACGACAUCCAAGUUAUCGCUCGCCUUCUCUUCAAGCUUACGCCUUCCCUCGAUAAUAUUAGCUACGCUGACCAUAGCGGAGGUGGGGCGUCGACGCUGGGUACGCCACCCUCUUGGACGGACGUGAUGUCGGUGGUGCGUGAAUUGCAGUCGGAGUACAAGUAA